AUGUCUCCCCAUGCCGUCAGCAACCCAGUGCUUGAUGUGAUUAUCGUGGGAGCCGGCAUUGCUGGUCUCGCCGCUGCACACGCGAUUCACGGCGCCGGUCACCACGUCACCAUUGUCGAAGGCGCAUCCGUUCUCCGAGAAAUUGGCGCCGGAGUCUUGAUCUCCAGCAAUGCGACCCGCGAACUCAUCCGCUGGGACCUCGAAGACGAUCUGAAAGAUGUCAUUGUCCAGAGCAGGGUGUCAAGGGUGUUGAGAUGGGACGAUGGGAAGGUGCUGAGCGAGGUCAAGAUGGACCCCAGUUUUGCGCUCAAGAAGUACGAUGCACCUGUGUGGAUGCUUCAUCGGGCAGAUCUUCAUACGGUAAUGCUGAAGAAGGUGCAGAGCUUGGGGAUCGAGAUCAGGCUGGGUUCGAGAGUGGUCGAUGCCGACGUGGCCAAGGCGAGCGUGAGUCUGGCCUCCGGAGCCGUCUUGGACUGCGACUUCAUCGUCGGAGCUGAUGGCGUCCGGAGCAAGAUGCGGGACAUCAUCUCGCAGACGCCGGUUCCCGCGAUGCCUACUGGAGACUAUGCCUUCCAGUUUGCCCUGGACAUUGAACAGCACAAGGACGAUCUGGUGAUUGCGCCGUUGGUGGAAGGCCAUACGGCAACUGCUUGGUGGGGACCAGGCAGGCAUGUCAUCGGCACCCUGCUCCGCGGCGAGAAGCUCUUCAAUUGCGUCGCAGUCUUCCCUGACGACGGCUCUCUCGGUGACGAGCACAAGCAACUAGGAGCAGACGUGGACGAACUUCGCCGGAACUUCAGCGACUGGUGUCCAGCUGUCCGCACUAUCCUCUUCCACGCAGACCCCGGCUCCAUUGUCAAAUGGAAGCUUCAAGACCUCGAUCCGCUCGAGUCCUGGCACCGCGGGCACGCCGGCGCAUCUCAGGCGAUCGAGGACGGCGCCGUCCUGGCCCAAUGCCUCGCCCACCUGCCCCUCGACCGCGUCGGUCCCGCGUUCCAGGACCUGCGAUUUUCCCGCGCCACGCAGAUCCAGCAGAAUGCGCGCAGACAGAAGAUCGAGAACCAUUAUCCGGACGGGCCGGAGCAGCAGGCGCGGGACGAGAGGCUCAAGGACCCGACGCAGGUGCGAGCGUGGCGGUGGGAGCCGGUGGCGGGCAAGCCGACCAAGAGUUGGAGCGACGGGCUGUUUGGGUAUGAUUCAAGGGCUGAAUGCGACGAGUAUUUCAGAGAGCAUGAUGCCAGACGGCUAUUUGUAAAGCAGGCUGUAUAG